GCUAUGUCGAAGGAUACACGAAACAGAAAGUUGUAGUACAACACUAAUGUAUAGAAGUUGCGCAGGCCACCGAAAUGUCGAAAGAAAGUGAGCGCAACUCGCAGUGGCCGAGGCUCAGUGGUCGCAAGGCGCAGUGUAUUCGGAUGUCGCCGCUUCAACACUCGUUGCGCGGCGCGUCCUCUUCUCGCGUGAUAUUAACUUAAUUUAUUAUUAUGAAAACUUUUUCUGUGAUAAAUAAUUGAAUUUUACGACUCGAAAGUGUUUAAGAUGGAUUUAAUUUAUGAAAACGUGAGCGGGGCGAGCAAAGUUGUCGCUGCCCGCCAUAUAAAUGUUGAGAAGUCGUUUCCUAAUAUGAACAACGAAGUGAAUUCAACACUUUUGUGCUACAGUUACAAUCUUCAGCCGGAUUUCGGUUCUUAUUUUACAGCCCUUGGCUACUACGCCUGGGGGCUAUGGACGUACGGAGCAGUGGUGUUGACAGUGGUGUGCUUAUUCUAUGUGAUCUCUAUACAAUCAGCGCUGCGGCAUUGGCGAGAAUGCUUCACUAAUGUGGCCACCAUAUUAGCUGUAUAUCCUAUCGUGGCUGCGGCAGGUUUCUUAGUUAUAGUCUUGCCGAGAUUUCGGUUGAUCGCUGAGGCCAUAGCUCAAGAGGCUGUCAUGAUUGCCAUGUAUCAUCUGUUCUGUCUGAUGGUGUCGGAAUGCGGCGGAGCUGACCGGGUCGUCAGGCGUGCCCCGGAUACAAGGUUAGAGACCAGGGUGCUGUCUUGCUGUUGCUGGCCGUGUUGUGUGAUCCCCCGACCCAAAUUACAGAAGCGAAAUUUGAUGUGGGUGCGAUAUAUAGUGUUACAAAUGCCGAUCGUUCAAGCGUUGAUUUAUGUUGUGUUGCUGGCUCUAUGGGCAGAGGACAUGAUGUUAUACCACCGUUAUUUCGCGUACCUGCAGCCGUUUGUCGCAGCGUCGAUACUGACUGGCGUGUGGGGAAUGAUCAUGUGCGUAGCCUUUCUGGAAUCUGCAGGCUAUAAACCAAAAGCUAGGUUUCUGGUGCUGCAGUUAGCGCUAAUCAUCGUGAAGGUCCAAUGUGGAUUUGCUAAAGUAUUGCCGGAGUUUAUAAACAUACGGUGUAUUACGUCUUUGCAUCCCUCCGUUUUUGUUAAUAUGAUUCAAUAUAGUAUUAUGAUGCUAGAGAUGCUACUUUUAUCGAUAUGGGCUUGGCGCUUGUACAGAGUACCACCAGGAAAGGAUGUAGACAAAGUGCCUCGAGUCAUGGUGGCUGUGUUAGACGACAGUGUCAAGUCAAAUGAAGUGAGAACACCGUCCAGUGUCGAAAAUAAAUCAUACAAUGGAAGAAGCGAAUGAAAAUUGAAUGUUUUCUUCGUUGUUAUUGAUUGAAGUCAAUUACUGUCGAAUAUUAAUAGAAGUUAAUGGAGGAAUACAUGACAAAAUGUAAAUAUUAUAAAAGUAGUUUCAAAUCUACCUAAAUAAACAAUGUUUUAUCUUAGGUGAUAUCUGUACCUGAAUACGGUUUAUAAUGAUCUGUGUGUUGUGUAAGAAAUAAAAUAAGACGUAAUAAAUA